CCGCGGGCAGCGGGAGCAGCAGCGGCCGGAGGCCGGCGGGCAGCGGGGCCGCCUCCUCGCCGAGGGUCGCCCGCUCGCCCUCCCGGGCCAUGGGCAGCCCCUGACCCCGCCGCAGCACCGGAUCCAAAAUGACAGUCAAAGCUGUAAAGAUGCCGUGCACCUCUGCAAACGUUUAUACUAAAGUGCCUGACGGAGGAUGGGGCUGGACAGUCGCUUUUGCGUUCUUUGUUGUGGAAGCCCUGACAUACGGCAUCAUAAAAUCAUUUGGAGUCUUCUUUAACGACCUGAUGGAAAGCUUUGACGAAACCAACAGCAGGAUAUCCUGGAUAAUAUCCAUAUGUGUGUUUGUACAGACCUUCACAGCUCCUCUGUCGACGGUCCUCAGCAACCGCUUCGGCCACCGCCUGGUGGUGAUGGCCGGGGGGCUGCUGGUCAGCGCCGGCAUGGUCAUCGCCUCCUUCGCCCGCAGCGUGGUGGACAUGUAUGUCACCAUCGGCGUCGUCUCCGGCCUGGGGUACUGCCUCUCCUUCCUCCCGACUGUCACCAUUUUAUCACAGUAUUUUGACAAAAGGCGCUCGCUGGUCACAGCGGUGGCAUCUACAGGGGAAUGUUUCGCUGUCUUCUCCUUCGCACCAGCAAUCACGGCCCUGAAGGAGCAGAUUGGCUGGAGGUACAGCAUGCUGUCUGUCGGGGUGCUGCAGCUCGGCAUCACCGCCUGCGGAUCGCUGCUGCGCCCCAUCGUCGUCAGAGAGCAGCAAGAAGUGAAAGCACAGCCUCCAGAGGAGUCCACGGAGACAAAGUACAUGCUUGAAAACGAGCAAACAUGCACCUCAAUAGAGUCCAUAGACUCAGGAGUCGAUAUAACUACCUCACCCAGCAAUGUGCCUGGAAAAACCAAAGCAGAGCCGAAAAGUGAAGAACCAAAGCAACACGGACAGAAUCCCGUUGAAAAUAGCAGCACCCCCCCAGAACCAAAAACCAAACUACUGGAUUUCUCUGUGAUGAGAGACUAUAGCUUUAUCUGUUAUGCAUUCUUUGGCCUGUUUGCAACCCUGGGCUUCUUCGCUCCCUCCCUCUACAUCAUCCCCCUGAGCCGCAGCCUGGGCAUUGGCAAAGACCACUCUGCCUACAUCCUGUCGGCCAUGGCCAUCGCCGAGGUCUUCGGGAGGAUUUUUGCGGGCUGGCUUCUCAACAAGAAGCCCAUCCGCAAGAUCUACAUCGAGCUCAUCUGCGUCGUCCUGCUGUCGGUAGCAUUGGUUGCCUUCCCUUUUGCCUCCGGAUUCUGGGGCUUGAUGAUAUGUAGCGUUUAUUUUGGGUUCAUGCUCGGCACGGUGGCGGGCACACAUAUUCCCCUCCUGGCUGAAGACGACGUGGUUGGCAUCGAGAGGAUGUCCUCUGCAGCUGGAGUCUACGUCUUCAUUCAAAGCUUAGCUGGGUUGGCUGGACCACCCCUUGCAGGUGUCUUAGUGGAUACGACAAAGAACUACAGCUCAGCCUUCUACUCCUGUGCUGCUGGCAUGGUCCUGGGGGCCGUGUUUCUGGCCCUGGUGAGGCCGUGCAAGACUGGGCUGUGCCACCACCAGCAGCAGCAGCAGCAGGUGGAGGAGGGCACGGCGGGGCCGCCACCAGAACUACCAGAUGACUUUAUAGACAUGGAUAUUGGAAAAGCAGAAAAUUCAGGAAAAGGCUCCGACAGCGUGGUAUAAAAAAAAAACCAACCCUGUUCCUUCUCCAUCUAAUGUACUCAGUGUAAGGCUGGGGGAAAUGUCAGCUCUGCUCCACGUUUUAAAACUCCAUUCUAAAGGGAAUGUGAAAUUUUAAAUGUGAACAGUUGCUACCAACAAUUUUUUUUUUUUUUUUUUUAAUAUUAGACGGAACUUUUUUUAACCAACAAUGGAAAGCUCCAUAGAAAAAUACGGAUAGUCACGCAAGAAUAACUUCUGUCUAGCAUGAAGAUGUGAUGCACACUUGCUUUCCUGAUAACAAGCAUAGGUAAAGGUCCAACUGAUCCCAUAAAUACUGACAACAGCAGAAGCAGCUCAGCCUCUGACUGUCACCCAUCCCCUACCACAAAUUCCACACAGACCCAAUGAUACGAACUGGAGACGAGCAUUUCAUAAACCACCAGUGGCCAACUGAAUCUUCUUCUGGAGGGAUACAGACUCACCUUUUAGCUUGGAGGAGGAGGAGGCUAGGCUAGAUAGCUGACAAUUAGAAACCAUUGCUGAUGAUCUUAACUUGAAUGUCACAAAUGCUGGGGAAUCAAAGGCUCCGUGUGUCUUCAUGGCCAGUUUUUACUGCACAUACUUGGUAAGGUCAUUUUUCUUCUCCCGACUGGGAUCCUUAGAACUGUUGUCUGUUGAUAGUCAGAACCCGCUGUACUGUUUCUAAUUUAACUAGUAUUUAUUAAUUUAUUCUGAGAUUGUUAAAGGAGGUUAGCUUAAAUAACUGGAGAGGAAAAAUGAUCUUCUGCGUAAUGGAAAGCCGUCUUUACAUCAAACUCUUCAAUGCCUAUCUUGUAUUGCUUGUGAAAUUGUUGGGAAAAUUACUCUUACAGCAUAAAGUGUAGCUGUUUUUAAUAGGUAAGUCUUAAGUAACCCAGUUAUUU